GGAAAUGAUCAACAGAUAAAAACUGAUAAUUGGUACAGAAAAUGGCUUAGAAUGUCAAAUUUUCAGGUGAGAAUGUAAAAAAAUGUUAGCUCGCACUUCCGGCGCUCGCAUUAUCUGGUUACUUGUUGAGAUAAUGUAUCCUCCCCGUGAUCGAGUCACAGCAACCAGUCCGAAACACGGUCCCAUUUCAUGUUUUCAUAUAGUGUCAUAUAGGCCUAGCUAUUAAAAAUUUUGGCGACAACCAAAUGUCUGUGCCUGCAGACUAUGGGGCCAGUCGCACCCGAGGGAGUGAACCGGCCGAAUUGGCCUAUUAAACAGAAAUAAAAAGUUGUCUAUACAUCAAUCUUCAUGUGCUCUUCAUGAUUAACGUCUCUCCAUGAGGUUUUCCAAUUUUUGCGAAAAGUCAUUUUCCACGAACUUAACGAAAAGACUGUCGACAUGCAGUUAUAUAUAUCGUCAUUCUAUAAAGAGACCUGUACGACUAUAUAAUUCUUUUAAGCUUCAGGAGGAUAUUCCAGAUAUAUCAUUUUAUCAGAUUUUUUCAAAGUUUAAACUUUUUUGAUACGCACAACUUAAUUCCCGGACACAGAAAACGCUUGUGAGAAAUAUAAUUCCUUCUCGAUUUCUCGACAAAAUUAAGGAAUGUUUUCAAUCCCAAAAAAAAUUAACACUGAACAAGAGCAACGUAGGCCUAUAUAUAAUUCACAUACCUCUCUCAUAUGAUUUUGAGAUAAUAGUAUAUUAUGAUGUAGGCCUACUGGUUUUCUGGACUGGUUUGCUGGACUGAUUUACGGAAAUGAAUUCUUUUGAGGGGUAAUUAGGGCAGGCCUAAUCGGCUAAUCGCUAUACAACAUAUUUUUAAACAUAAACUUUACUUUGUUUGUGCUAAUCAGACAGUCUGCGCCGAGAUUAAGGUUUUGUCAGUCAGCAAGUGAGUGGAGGAAGGGAAACAGAGUGCCACGUUUUCAGGAGGAAGAACGGAUGUUGAAGCACCAGGGAGGAAUGAUCACGGGUAGGAAGAUAUCGGUCCGCAGGUGUCUCGGUCGGCCACGUACACAUAUUUUGGGAACCCUCACGAAACUCAGACGUGCACUUCAUUCAGUAAGCAGUUGGGCAGACAGGUAGACGUCUCUAGCAUCACAGACAGAAGACUUGUUUGGAGGUUUUAAAAUUUGAACUUAUAUCAUAUUAUUUUCACCAUUCAAGAUGGAAUUAAGUACUAUUCUCACUCUUCUAGUUGGGUUUUUAUCUUCAUUUGUCAGGGCGGAUGAUCCAGAUGUUGUUGCCAUGGUAACCCACAGAGUCAAAUUUGACAUAAGCAUUGGUGGAGAGCCAGCGGGCACAAUUGAGCUUGGUCUCUUUGGAGAUGUUGUUCCCAAGACAGUUGCCAAUUUUGUGCAGUUUGCUGAUCCUUUGAACAAGGAAAACUAUGUUGACACCAAAUUCCACAGGGUGAUCAAGAACUUCAUGAUCCAAGGUGGUGACUUUAUGAGUGAAGAUGGAUCAGGAAGCAGAAGCAUCUUUGGUAAGGAUCAUUUUGAGGAUGAGAACUUCAAGUUGGACCACUAUGGAGCUGGCUGGUUGGCCAUGGCCAAUGCUGGACCUAACACCAAUGGCUGCCAAUUCUACAUCACCACGGUGAAGACAAAGUGGCUAAACGGUGCCCAUGUCGUCUACGGUAAAGUAGUGGAUGGUAUCGAUGUUCUGGCCGCCAUCGAGAACACCGCGACAGACGACGGCGACAAACCUCUGAAGGAUGUAGUGAUUACCAAAUCAACGAGUGAAGAAGUACCACUGUCUGAGAGGUUUGAGGUGGAGAAAGCAGGUGUAACGAUGCCAGUACUGUGAGAUGCUGGUCAGCUGCAGGGGGGGGGGGGGGGGAGUUCUUCAGAUAGGGCAUACUCAGGAUAUCUCUGCAUGGCUUUGUAGAAGGGUCUUGAUUAUUAUAAUAAAUGGUGCAAAGAAAGGGGAUGUAAGUAUUUUUUACUCUGUUAAAUUUUUAACAAUGCCUUGGAAUCGUAUCCUUUGUGACACAAUAAUGUUUGGACUCUUAAGGGUAUUUUCCAUGCUCCAUCAUCGUUUUAGAAGUAUAUUUCAGAUAUUUCAAUGGAAAUCGCUUUACUUUUAUAUCGUGAAGUCUUUCUGUAUUCGAUUUUGUUUUACUGCUAGUGUGAUAAACAGAUACUAUGUGUGCAUGUGAACAGACCUGUGUGUGUUUUUGUAUGGGUGCGAGUGUUUCUUGGAAAUGAACUUAAUUGACAUGCAAAUUGCAACAGGGUUUUAGUAAAAGAAUAAAAGACUUUAAUUUUUAAGCAGAGUAAAAAUAACCUCAAAGUCCAAGGAUGGUUAAAUUGUGGGGAAGUUCUCUUUAUUCAUUUCAGAAAUAUCACUGCCUAAACAAUUUGUUUGCUUGCCUUCUUUACUCAAAAGUUUGCCUCUUGCCCUGCCUCUGUAAUUUUCCAAAGAAGAGUAAAAAUGCCAGAACGCUCUGGGUCUCAUUUCAUACAAUUUUGGGACAAUUUUUUUUCAAAAACCCUUCCAAACUUGCUCAAAUCUUGCCUUUUGUGUGGAAUUGGCUUAUCAAGGAGUAGUGAUUUAUAUUUGAUAGGAAUUGGUUUCAGUGGACAUCAAAUAUUUCCACUCUAGUGUGUGUGUGCGUGUGUAUCAAUCCGAUGGUGCUAUUUCAUUGCUAUGCAAAACAUAUGAAAGAAAAUCACAAAAUCAAAUCUUAUUUUGUUAUUUCUAAGGUAUAUAGUAAUAAAUUUCUUCAAUUUAUGGAGUUCUGUUUAGUGUUAUAUGUUAAUUUUCUGAAUGAACUUUGGUACACCAUAGUUAGUAGUUGAUACUAUUUCCAGUAAGGGUAAUUAAAGCUUAUUAUGGAGUCUACAAUUUGACACUGGUACACUUCUUCUUAUCCGUAAUAGUCUUCUGUAUUCAGGGGAGUUGCUGAUCACAUGAACAUGAAUGAUCACAACUUGCGUACAGUGUGAGAAUAAGUUGGUCGAUAAUGCACAUAGUCAUAUCCUUACAGCUAAUUAGAUGUAAAUUCCAGAUAUCCUGUCCUGUUACCCUUCUAAUAAAUGUAUCAUGGGGUUAUGGCUGUACAUCGAAUGAAGGGUGUUGGAAUACAUUGGUAUUUAGCUAAGCUGUAGUGAAGCAUAGAGUGUAGACCGAAUAGAGUCAGUUCAAAUAUAAAUACUUGGGUACUUGUUCUUCUAUUAAGCACAUAAAGAGAGAAAAUAAAGGGGAAUAUGUCAACUCUAUUUAUGAAGGAAACGUGUAAACUACGCGUAAGUGUCACUUUGUUAUUGAGAUGUAUUCUGGAGAAGAAAAAUAAUAAAGCACAAUAACAUCAUAAAUGUUGAUAAAAGAAAAAUCAACUUCUGCCCGAGGGACAACUUCAUGAAGCACUUUGUGGGGGUUUCCACUGGUGACUGUUAUAAGCUACUAAAAUGCUUACAGCUGAUUGGCUAGGAGUAAAUGAUGAUCACUAACAAGAUCCCAUCACAGCUCAGUAAAUUAUUGCGCAACACAAAUAGAUUUUUUUUCUUAAAAUUCUUUCUUAAAAUUCAUCUGUAAUUAUCUUCUUCUUUUUUUUAAACCUCCAGAAGAGGUUUUCAGUUUUUAUCAGUUGUGUGUUCAAAUAUUUGAAGGAUAUUUUAGUGGUCACACCUUAGGCGAUUCCAAACUGAAAGAUGACAAACUUUGAUCCCGUCCAAUUUAGGUACAUUAUCAAAUGAAUAUUACACAAAAGGAGAAGUCUUAAGAAAUAUGUGCGUUUUGGGCACAGUGUUAUGUAAAUGACGUGUUCAUAGAGUAUGUUUAUAGAUUGAAGUAUCUUUAAUUUAUCAAUGUAUUUUCUUGAAUGUAUCUAUGCAUUUUUAAUAAAACACUGCUGUUAAUACA